CUUUCACGAGCCCCGGAGCGCCGACCUGAGACAGAGCUAUCCUUCACAGCGUCAAGGCCAGCGAUCUAUUCCUCUAAGGAAAAAUGCUUAUUGCGAGUCUGUAACUUGCAAACUUAUUUUUACAGCUUCCGGGGUGCAGUGUUAUGUUGUGGAGAUGACAAUGCUGCCGGACAGGGCAAUCCCCGAACAAUGGAGGACCUUCCUCCACCAAUGUUUGGCCAAUCGUAUAGAUAUAGACGAAUUCACGGACUUGUCAGGGCUGAUGUUUGCCCGCUCGCCGGUGCAAGAAAACGAGCUUCUUGACCUGCUCCUUGAAGCUCGCGCUUCCUCCAGUGUUACCUGGGACCCUCUUUUGCCGCUUUACGUCGAUGGACUGUGCAAGGUUGGGAGGGUCAAGUCUUCGUCUGCACUGGCCAGUCUCUUAAAGCACUCUUCUGUUCUGGAUGCGUCGGGAUCUGGUGAGGGUGAUGGCGAGGGGCAGGGCUCACCGUCCAAGUCCAAGAAGCAGAAACCAUCCACUCUCAUGACAGAUAUCAAAGUCAUCCAGGAUGUCAUGGUGUUCAUUUCCACCGGGUCAAUCCCCAAGACGGUGGUUGAGGCCGCAGAUAUCUACUCUGCCACCGUAGACUGGAUUCUGGCUGUCGUGGCGUGGCACAAUCACAACAUGGAUGCCUCACAGCAAACAGGUGGCUUGAUGGGAUCACCUGACGCGGUCUCGUUGUUCGAGUCGCUUGGGAUUUUGCUUGCAGCUUUGUCUGGGACUAACAAAGGACUGGAAGUGCUGUCCAGUGAUUACAAUCAAGAAUUGAAAGCGAAAUUGGGACAGGCUUUGUCAAGCUACCUGCCUCUCUGUAUCGAUGUCUCGCUGCCGCUUCGGCAUCGCCUCGAAGAGUUGCAGAAAGUGUUCAAUCUUUACCCCGGUCAGCCUUCUAAGGCUUUGCAUGGGCCUGCUAUCGACGGCGUGAAUGUCAAUGCCCUCCAGUUUGAGUCUUCUGUCAUGGAUGGCCCAGUUGUUAACACUAGAGCUGGACUCUAUGUAUACAUCAAUUCGAUGGUUGUGGGACGUCCUUUGGUCGAUGAUACCAUUCUGAUCAACUAUCUCACCAAUAGAUAUCAGGGCCACAAUGACGUCCUCAUCGAGGAAAUCAUCACAGCCGCCUUCGACGUCCUCUCCAACGGCGUAUAUCGCAAUGAAUCAGGCCGCACGAUGCUCUUAUUCCGAUCUUUCCUUGUUAACAAGCUUCCCGCUUUUUUCGCAGCUAUCUCGGCAGCAUCCAUGGUGCCGAUCUCCAUGGAAAUGUGUAUCAGCCACGCCUUAAGCCGUCUGGAUCCGAACGCAUUCCCUUCCUUCUCUCAGAUGUUCUCCAUGCAGGGCAGCAGUGUUUUAUCAGAUGCUCGCCAGGAGUUUCUCUUUGCUUGUGCGUCGCACAAGCUCAUACGAGAGUCCAGCAUUGAACAGCUUCUCGGAGAGAACCCCAUGCAGACACUGCCUGGUGGGGGUCCUUAUGUCAAGGACGAUCUCGUUACGCAAAUCAAUAACAAUCAUGAACGUGCUGAGCAACUUAUUGGUGAGAUCGAGUCGAUGGAGGGUAAUGCAGGCGCGAUAGUUGGCGCCGUGGUCGAUGUCAUACAUAAUUUGUGUCAUCAGAAAGAGACAAUGACGCUCAAGAACAUUUGCAACUCGCUCUCACGCCGCCCGCAAACUUUGGACGUCAUGCUGCUGUUCCGAACUACAAAGCAAGUAUUGCAACCUCUUUGUGCUGUCCUUGAUUCCUGGAAGUGGGAUGAGGAUCAGGGGGAAAAUCAGCCUGUAUAUGACGAAUUCGGUAGUAUCUUGUUGCUUGUUCUCGCGUUCAAAUACCGCUAUGACCUGAGUCCUUCUGACAUGGGUAUCUCAAACAACGACUCGUUCUUGUUGAAACUUUUGGACCGGGGCGCUUGCAGCCAGAAGCUGAGCGACUUGAGCGAGAAGCAAAACAACGAUCUUGGCGCUUGGAUAGGAGCGUUGUUCAUUGCUGAGGGCAUCAGUGAAGAGACCAUGUCCUCUUGCAGCCCACACGAAUUCUACAUGCUUGUCACAACACUAUUCGAUCAGAGUCUUGGUGCAUGCGAGUCCGGAAAGCUGGAUUUCGACACUUUGAAAGGCGGGUUUGAAUAUUUGCUCGAGCCCUUCCUCCUCCCGUCCCUAGUCGUCGCAUUGACAUGGCUGGGCAAUCACAUCUGGGAAUCAGAGACCGACCCCACAAUCCCCAUCAAAACCCUCCACUCCCUGGUUAAACCCAGCUCAAUCUCCGGCGAAGCCCAAGCCAUUCACCAAACCGUCCUGAACAUAACCGGUUGCCCACUAGAAGAGCAACUAAAAAACGUCCGAACGAGGAACCAGUCGCGGACAGACAUCAAACCAAUCCUCGAUGCUCUGGAGCCAUACAUCUCCUUCCGCCGCGUCGGCAGCUGUCGCCGCUCCGAACUCGACACCUGGACCUCCCACUCCGCAGGCGGGCUAAUAGCCAGCAUCCGCACAACUCUACAAGCCCUCGUCCUCUGGAGCGCGAACCCAGGAAUCAGCAUGGCCCCACACGCAUACACGCACCGGCAGGUGCUCGCGGGGAUCCGCAUGCUGGGCGCAACACGCGUGCUAGGCGCGAUAAUCGACGAAGUCAAGCAGCAGACCGAGGCAGGCAGCGGACAUAUCGCACUGGACAUUGCGACGACGAUGGUGUGCGCUCCGAUGACGGAGUCCUUCGCCGUCGACCAAAACAGUUACCACCCAGUCGACACGAGCAAGGAAGCUUUGCCGCGGUGCGCGAUCCUGACGCUGCGCGAUGCCUUGUCGCUGCAGCACGAGAACGUGCCUAAGAUCUCUGAGAGUGACCCGCUGCGCGCGGAGGUCGUGGUGCGGCUUGCGCGCAGGGUUAAUAUGCUCAUGGCGCCGCCGUCGCAGGUCUCGAAUAUUGAUGUCUCGAAUAUUAUUCAGAAUAUGCAUCUUGGCGUUGAGGGGCAGGAGGAUCGGAUGGAUCUUGAGCCUUCUGCUGCUGAUGUUUCGCGUAAUACGGUCAAUGAGGAUGAUCCGGAUAAUAUCAAUCAGAUGCUGGAUAAGGCGGCGGCGGAUGCGGCGGCCGCUGGGAUGGAUGGUGGUAUUGGUGUGGGUCAGGAUAUGGGGCUUGAUUCUGGCGCUGGCAUGGAUGCUAUUGAUGAUGUGCUUAAUGCUGCGGAUAUGGCAGUUGGCAAUCCUGAGUUCCUCGAUUUGGAUAUGGAGGGUAUGUUUUAGUCGAUGUGAUGGUUUAUCUUUGGCAUUUAUGGACUCACGGUGUCCAAUCUUGGCAUGGCAUUUUGGUCGAUCUUUUUUGGCGAAUAAUGAUUCAUUUUUUAAACAAUUAAACCUUAG